UUGAAAACGUGUUGCCAAACGUUGUGUUGAGUUCAUGAACGAUGGAGUACUCGGAGGCCAACAGUCCAGUGGAGACCACUUCCCGCAUACUCUGCUGUCAAUGCGGAUCAGCCAUAGCUCCCAAUCCGUCCAAUAUGUGUGUGGCGUGUCUUCGCACUCAAGUGGACAUCACUGAAGGGAUUCCCAAACAAGUGAUCAUUUAUUUCUGCAAAAAAUGCGAGCGAUAUCAACAACAAAUGGGUCAAUGGAUUGGUGCGGAUCUCGAGUCCUCGCAAUUGAUGUCAUUUUGUCUGAAGAAAUUGAAAUCUUUGAAUAAAGUGAAUUUAGUGGACGCGACGUUUGUAUGGACUGAACCGCACUCCAAACGCAUUAAGAUUAAGCUAACCGUCCAGAAGGAGGUGAUGGGCGGCACUAUUCUUCAGCAGACAUUUGUUGUGGAGUUUGUAGUGAACGGACACAUGUGUGAAGACUGUCACCGACGAGAGGCCAAAGACUUCUGGAAGGCUGUGGUUCAGGUGAGACAGAAGACUGACCACAAGAAGACAUUCUUCUAUUUGGAACAACUGUUGAUCAAACAUAAGUCACACGACAAGUGCGUCAACAUUAAGGCCAUCGACGGCGGCAUUGAUUUCUUCUUCGACCGCAAAGACGAGGCUAAGAAAUUGGUUGACUUCCUGUUGUCUGUCAUUCCCUGUCGUUACCAAACAUCUCAACAACUGAUAUCACACGACACACACAACAACACCUAUAACUACAAGUAUACGUAUGCCGUAGAGAUAGUUCCCAUCUGUAAGGAUGACAUCGUAUGCCUUCCCCUCCAAACCGCCCAAUCCAUUGGAAAUAUCGGACAGAUCUGUGUUGUGAUUCGAGUCACAAAUCUGGUCUAUUUGGUCGACCCCUUCACUCUGAGAACCUGCGAACUGACGGCAAACAACUAUUUUCGGAACCCUUUCCGAUCGAUCUGUAGUUCUAAGCAAUUGACUGAACACAUAGUGAUGGACAUCGAACUCACCGGAGAUGAUAUCAAAGUGCCGAUCGGUAAACGGUCUGAUAAGCAUUUAUUGGCCGACAUAUGGGUCGUGAGGUCGAGUGAGAUCGGCAGCGAUAACCAGAAGCACAGCCGAACACAUUUGGGACAUCUUCUAAAACCGGGCGACACUUGUCUGGCGUUUGACAUAAACGGCGCGAAUAUAAAUGAACCCAAUUUCGAGAAAUACGAGAAAAACAAUUCCAAUAAAAUUCCGGACGUAAUCGUCAUUAAGAAGUAUUUCGGAGACAAAGUGUCGCGAAACCGAAGGCGUGAAUGGAAACUGAGACGUAUUGAGAUCGAUAAGGCAUCGGAUGGCAGUUCAGCCAACAGGGAGUACAUGGACUUCAUGGAAGACCUCGAAGAAGACCCAAUGCUUCGACAGAACGUCAAUAUCUAUGCCGACAAAGAGAAGAUGGAGUCGGGAAUGGCUGUGGAUUUGGAUGAACUCGAGGCUGAAGCGCCUAAAAUCACUCUUCAGGAAAUGCUCGAGGAUUUGGUUAUCGAUUGAAAGCUAACUUUUAUUUUAUAAAAACUUAAAUUACAUUCAAUUUAAUAAAAUGCUAUUAAAUAUCAAA